AUGGGUUUGAUAAAGUGUGGUUUAUUUAAUGCGCUUAGUAGUGUUAAUUUUCGGAAGAGAUUGACUGUCGGUGUUCAGCAUUACUGUUUUCAUACAUCAUCCUGCCGAUUGUCCGACGAUAUCGAGUACGAUGAGAUACCGGUGUCUCGAAUACGUAACUUCAGCAUUAUUGCGCAUGUAGAUCACGGAAAGAGCACACUUGCAGACCGUUUGUUGGAAAUGACCGGCACCAUAGCGAAACACUCGGGUAAUAAGCAAGUGCUGGAUAGUUUGCAGGUUGAAAAGGAGCGUGGCAUCACGGUGAAGGCACAGACGGCAUCGCUCAUCUAUCGACGGGCGGGCCAUCCGUAUCUGCUCAACCUGAUCGACACACCGGGUCAUGUGGACUUUUCGAACGAGGUGUCCCGAUCCUUGGCCGCAUGUAACGGUGUCAUAUUACUGGUCGACGCAAACCAAGGCGUACAGGCACAAACGGUAGCGAAUUAUCAUUUGGCAUGCUCGAAGCAGCUCGUCAUUGUGCCUGUAUUAAACAAGAUCGAUCUAAAAAACGCUCGUCCGGAGGCGGUGUGUAACGAGUUGCUGACGCUCUUUGACAUCGAUCCCGACGAGGUACUGAAAGUAUCGGCUAAGCUCGGCACUGGGUGUGAUGAAGUACUUGCUAGCAUUGUCGAUCGAUUGCCAGCUCCGAACGCAAAUCGUGAUGCAAAUUUUCGUGCCCUGAUUUUUGACAGUUGGUUCGACAAAUACCGCGGAGCGUUAAAUCUAAUUUACGUACGGGACGGCGAGAUCAGCACAGGACAGGAAAUCGUAUCGUGCCACUCAGGCAAAGCGUACGAGGUGAAAAGUUUGGCAUUGCUUCGGCCGGAUGAACGCAAGGUCGAUCGAUUGGUGGCUGGGCAGGUGGGUCUGCUCGGAUGUAACAUGCGAACCAGUAAGGAAUCGCAAAUCGGUGACACACUGUACCUGAAGCGAAAUAAAACCUGCGUCCCAUUGCCGGGUUUCAAGCCCCAGCAGCCGAUGGUUUUUGCGGGCGUUUAUCCACCGGAUCAGACGCAACAUCCCGUACUGAAGAGUGCUAUCGAGAAGUUAGUGCUGAAUGAUUCGGCCGUUACCGUCACGCCGGAUUCAAGUCCCGCGCUGGGACAGGGAUGGCGACUCGGGUUUCUGGGGUUGUUACAUUUAGAUGUUUUCAGCCAGCGAUUGCAACAGGAGUACGAUGCCGAACCUGUCCUAACGGCACCGUCAGUAACAUACAAAAUCAAACUUAAAGGAACCAAAGCGGUAGCGGCACACGGUGGCAAUGAAAUUGUGUACAUCAGCAAUCCUGCACUACUGCCCGAUCGGACGAUGGUCGAAGAGUAUUUUGAGCCGUACGUGAUGGGAACAAUUAUCGCACCGACGGACUGUGUCGGUGCCAUUAUUGGGCUGUGCGUUGAGCGACGGGCGGUUCAAAAAACAUCCCUCAAUAUCGAUAACGAUCGCAUCAUGACCACCUACUUGAUGCCACUGAACGAGAUCGUGUUGGAUUUUCACGAUCAGUUGAAAUCGAUUAGCUCAGGAUACGCGAGUUUCGAUUACGAGGAUCAUGGCUAUAUCGAGACUAGCAUCGUACGGAUGGAUGUGCUACUGAACGGUCAGCUGGUAGAAGAGCUCUGUACCAUCACGCAUACCAGCAAAGCGCAGAAUCAUGCGCGAGAGUUGGUACUUAAGCUGAAAGAGCUUAUACCACGGCAAAUGGUACAGAUCGCUAUACAGGCGGUGGUUGGUGGAAAAGUGUUGUCACGUGAGACUAUAAAAGCAUACCGGAAGGAUGUAACAGCUAAACUGUAUGGCGGAGAUGUUACCAGACGAAUGAAGUUACUAAAGCAACAGGCUGAAGGAAAGAAAAAAAUGAGAUCCAUUGCUAACAUUAAUGUUCCUAGGGAUACAUUUAUAAAUGUGUUAAAGCGGUAG